AAUGAAUGAAUGAAUGAAUGACUGAAUGAAUUGCCGAUGAAUUAUGUUGAAAAUGAAAGUGGACGUUAGUUACUUAGAUUUUCUUCUAGCAAAAGUAAAUCAAUUUAACUUAGCUUUUCUUGUUUUUCAGACGCUUAUUCUCGGCAAGCGUGCAUUGUCCAGAUUUUCAACAGGCGGCGUGAUUGACCUUGUAUCAAAUGAUGUACAGCGAAUGGAGGAGGCAGCCCUUUGGUUUGGCCCAAUAAUCCCAUCCUUGCUUACAAUCGUGGUGGCAACGUUUCUGCUCUUUUAUUUGAUUGGCUGGCAAGCCCUUAUGGGAGUAAUCUUUUUGUGUUUUCUUCUACCAUAUUAUGCUGAGACGUCUUCCGCUAGUGCUGCACUACGCCUGCGCACAGCAGCGGAAUCUGACCAGCGAAUUUCCUUGAUGACAGAGGUAGUUUCUGGAAUCCGCGCUAUUAAGACGCAUGGCUGGGAGGAUGAAUACCGAAAGAAGAUAAAAAAUACACGAAGGUAGGAAGACAAACAUUGAUCCUGCUGUUAGAUACCGGUGGGACCACGAUACAGUGAUUGUAGGUGACCAAACGCUGUCGUCGACCUGUAAACGGUCAUUAUUUAACAGUUCCAUGGAAUGUUGUUUCUAAUGUUGCACCAUUCAGUCAGGGCAUUAAUCGCUCCGGUAUGAAAUGUUCAUAUAAAAGCACUUUACAAUUGAGUGUCGUAAGUAAUCACACUGGCCAAUCACAAAUGACACAGACAGUCCAUUACAUCAGUCGAAACUAAAAGUAAUUUACAUGUAGCUGACGCGAAGCGCUGUACAACGCGUGCAAGUGAGUCAAGAUUCGUUUUGGUUUUUUUUCUUAUUGGAUGCAAAAUGGUCACUAAUGUAAUAUGGCGCAAUUUUUUUUUAAUCAAUAGUGUAGCGUAAUAACUCAAAACUAAUUAUUUUCAACACUCGUAAAUGUUUUUCUCGUUUUUAUCAAUAUUUUCUAGCAACUUAGUUUCUAACUUAGUCUCCGUUUUUGCUUUAAUUUAGACGCGAGAUAAACACCAUCCGUAAGAAGAGUGCCAUUCUAGCAAGUCUUGCUGCCUUGGAGUACACUUCAGUACCAGUGGCCACCUUGGUGUCAAUCAUUACUCUUGUGCUAUCUGGUCAACCCCUCACACCAGUUAAUGCUUUUAUGCUCCUUGCUUUUCUGAAUAUGCUAAGAUUAGCCGUUUGUUUUUACUUAGCCUACGGUUUCUUGGAGAUACACGACGCAUAUGUUUCGCUGCGUAGAAUUCAAGACUUUCUUUUGUCAGAAAAUCUACUUUCGAUUGAUCAGCCUUCGAUUUCUAAAGAACAGUGUACGCAAGACACAAAUAAAACUCCGUUGAAAGAUCCUGACACACGAACAGCUUUAUGUGUAUCGCAUUUGACGUACAAAGAAUUCAAGAGAAAAGAUGAAUUUAUCCUACAAGAUAUCGAAUUAACUACAACUUCAGGAAGUUUGACGGUAGUGACUGGACCAGUUGGCAGUGGAAAAUCUACUCUUCUCUCAGCAAUCGCUGGUGAGAUCUCUGACACAAGCGGAAUAAUAACCUGCCCAGAGACUUUUGUCUAUGUGCCACAAGUAGCUUGGGUCUUCUCUGGAACUCUAAGAGAAAACAUUUUGUUUGGUCAGCCAUACGAUGAACACAGGUAUAGCAGAAUAAUCAAAGCAUGCGCCCUCAUGGAAGAUAUCCAGCAGUUUCCCAAUGGCGACCAAACCGCUGUUGGCGAACGCGGUGUCGUUCUGAGUGGAGGCCAGCGGGCAAGAGUAAGCUUAGCACGUGCAGUGUACGUCGAUGUAGAUCUCUAUUUGUUGGACGAUCCUCUGAGUGCGGUAGAUGUUAAAGUUGGUCAACAAAUCUUUGAAAAGUGCAUCAAAGACCUGCUGGGCAAUAAAACACGAAUGUUGACCACUCAUGAAGAACUGCACAUGAAAGAAGCUCAUCAAGUGAUUGUGUUGUACAAAGGUCGUGUGUUGGGAAAAGGUAAAUUCACUGACCUACAAGAAAAAGGCAUUUUAAAUCAAACUGUUGAUCCGCUCUACCAGAAGAUUCUAAAUGAUAACAAUUCAGAAAACAGUACCGUUGAGGAGAUCAAAGGGGAAGGUGACAGAAUGGUACCUUCACUACCCAGUGAGGCCAAGGGUUUGGAAAUCUCUGUAGAAGAUCGUACAAUCGGAGUAGUGUCAACUAAGCUAUAUUGGAACUACUUCAGAAGUGGAGUAACUGCCUCCGCGAUCAUUGCAUUGAUUUGUUUUUGUUUAAUCACGCAAGGUAAGCUCUGGCAAAGUUGUUCUGAUAUCAAGAUCUUAAGUUUUCUAAACCUUAACGUCCCAGCAGGUAGCAGCAAAAGAAGUUGACCAUUCCCAGCGCGGUUACAACGACUUUUUCAACUCUGGAAUUUUUAAAGCAACGUAGAAACUGUGGUUUUUCUAAUCGUUGAAACUGUAAUCUGCAAAUACUAUAGGAAAUCAAAUGAUGUCGACUGCAGUUUGGAAGUAAUAAGCACAAGUGAAAUUUAUAAUACUAAAACUAAUUGCACGAGCCCGUAGGUAGAGUAAAAUUUAUAGGCUUUGAAAAAAUUCCAAGUGCUUAUUUCAGUCUUCAAAAUUGCAAGAGGAAAAUAAUUUCAUUACUUGUUAAAAAUGUAAAUAAAAUCUAAUUUUAACUUUCUGACCUCAAUUUUUAGCUGUUUGCACUCAGCAUACGAAGUUGUCAGUAACUUCGUGAUAUCAACA